GUGGGAAUUUUUUUUAAAUUUUUAACCAAUACUUUGAGUUACACAUAUAUUUUUUGUGGUUCUACAAUGCGGUGUGAAUAUGAUGUUAAUAAUUGAAAAGUAUUAGUAUUUUGAGAUUCUUGCUGUAUGUUACUCUCAUUUUCUACACUAUAUACCUUACCGAGGUUUAUCAAAACAACUGGUUCACGACAGCAUGGUGGUGACUUGGUUAAAAUAAAUAGGUUGUGUGAAUACAGCUCUGUUUUUCAAUGUCGUUGUAUUCGUAGUGCUCUUUGUUUGAUUUUUGCGCUUUUUUACAAAUGUUAUGAUUAUCACUGAAGAAUGCUUAUUAGCUGAAAAAAUGCAAAGGUAACAAAAGCUUUUCUGCAACAAAAAGCACCAUCAAACCAUUGUGCAUAUCAAGAGACACAUGAACAUAUAAUAUUCCUGAUGUAGAUGUGUGUGUGUACUCAUUUCUACUGCCAACUGUGGUGGUUGUGAUAAUCCAUCUGCAAGUCUUUUCUUGUUUUACUUCUUCAUUCCAAUCAAAACUACAAAGUGGCGUCUGAAUUCAGUGCUACGAGCAGGCUGUCUACUGGGAGACCAGCAGAGCCUAACAUGGUUUUUACUGGGUAUAUCCACUGAUGGCGAAUAAAACUCCUCCUGCACAUGAUUUUGCACCAGCGUGGCUCAAGAUACCUACAUAUAACAACUUUAAGCCCUCUGGUGCAUGCAGUGAACGUGGCGGGCAUACUAGUCGCAGAGAUGAGCAUAGCUUUGGUUUCACUCGCCACAAUAAAGAAAGUGAUUCUUUAGCUUCUUAUCAGUUUUUUAAUGAUUGUCGUAAAGAAAGAGAUGAUUUUGAUGAUCCCCAUCCUGCUAUCAACAAUGUUCAUUAUUAUGGAAUGGAUAAUGGGUUCAAUGGUUCAUGUAAUAAUCAAGCGCUUCUCUCACGCAGGCCACAUAGCAGACAUGACUUCCGCAUUUCUUUAUCAUAUGCUAAGGGUGAAACUCAAAACAAACACAUGACAGCCAAUAGUAUUUUAUAUGGACACAAAAGCAAAGGAAAAUUACACGAAAACAAUGGUGUUAGUAAUAAUGUCAUUUCUGACGGACGGGGAAUUGGAGUUACCAGCAAUAAUUUCAACCAAGAAUUUCCAUCAUUACAAGGAGAUAUUUCUGAGGAACCUACAACUCCUCCUCCAUCUUUAAAUGGAAGUGCAUGGGAAAAACCUAGAAAUAUAAAGAUUCAUAAUGCUGGAAUUGGAAAAAAGAUUCAAUUGGUCAAGAAGCCUGUAAAAGGGGAGAAUUCAUGUGAGAGUUCCAGAAAAAGUCCAGCAUCUUCAUCAUCUGGGCCUCUUACAAAACCUUCAAGCUCCAUCUCCAGUAUUUCCAGUUCGCACACUGUCAUCGUCACUCCAGUUGCCAAAGGUGGCUCUUCUACAUGCAGAGCUCUCACCCCUGCCAAAAGUACCCUCAUCAAAAAACAAGUGAGAGAAGGAGUUAAAGUUAUUAAUAAGAAGUCCUCCAUUACUCCUCCUCCAUCAACUCAUUCCAUGGAAAUUUUAGUUAAGCAUCCCAAGGCUCCUGGAAAUAAAUCAGAAUUUUUGAAAGCACUGAGAAAUGAGAAAAAAGAGCUUGAUGAAAAUGAAAGAGAAUUUUCAGAAAAAAACAAUAGCCCUAACAAAGAUGAUAUUUCUAUAAUGAGUAAUUCUGAAGAUCACCCUGUAAAUGGAAUCGAUAUUUCUAAGUUAUCAUUUAAUGAUGAAAAAGAAAAGAGUUUUUUAUCAAGUUCCUUGGAAGCUGAAGAGAGGUUGCUGCGUGAAAUGGGUUGGAAAGAGGAAGUAUCAGAUGAUGAGAAUUAUGCGCCACUAACAGAAGAUGAAUUGAGAGAAUUUCGUGAUCGUGAACAGGUAAUUUCUUUAAUAAUAAAAAAGAAUGGCAUUCGACGCAAUCUUCUUGCAAAUUUGAGCCCUCUCCGUCUUGCACCACCAUUUCCAGGAGUGCCCCCACCGACCGAAAAUAUUUCUAGUUCUUCAGACUCAGACUCAGAUUAUUAAACACCUAUAAACACUGUAGCCGAGUUACUACACUCACUUUUACAUACUUUUGAAAGAUAAUACUUCUCCUUUUUGCCUUUUUUCCUAUUUUGAGCCUUAAUAUAUUUCUCGAUGAUUCUCUUUUUCUUUUCUUUUUAAAAAAUAUAUUCUCUUCUUUCUGACCCUUUUUUUAUGUAAAUCGUGUGUUGGAAUGAAAUCCUAUGAGACAUGUUAAAUUGUAUUCCAUUAAAAAUGAGCUGAUUUUUUUUAUUACUAACUAAAGAAGUUACACAGGAAAUGACUUGUGUAAACUUCUUUCAUAAUGAUUAUGUAUAACUUUGUUUGUGUGUACUUGACUUUAUUUUCUCACAAAGUAUAAAAAUGUAUUUGAUAUGUUUGUUGGUAUGAAAGUUUAAAUAUUAUCAAUUAUAAGACUUUAUGUACAUUUUUUAGCAAUUGUGUGGUGUGCUUUUUUCGUAGUAUGAAAUAAUUUUUAUUGAAAAGAAUUUUGAAUAGUGAUGUUUUUUUUUUUUAAUUUCUAAAUCUAUUAAGAAAUGUAGCUCAAAUUAGAUGUGAGGUGAAUGUUCAUCUUGCUUCUCAGAUUUAUAAUAUUCAAUGACUCUUCUUCCUUGUCUGAAAUCAUUAUUAUUUCACUCAUUAAUUUAAUUUUUCUUUGUGUUCUGUGACUGAUAUUUACGUAUUUGUUUUCAGACAUGAAAUACUGCUAAUAUCCAUUUUUAAAUGAAAAUGUGACAUUUGCAUUAAUAAUUAAGUAAUUUACUCAGACUCAAAUCUUUCAAUUGCUUAAACUAAACUUUUGGGAACAAAUUUCUCUGUUUAAGGAUUGUGUUAUUUGUUGUAUAUGUAACUAAAAUUGAUGUAUAAGAGUUAUUGCAUGUUAAUAACGUAAUAGGAAUUCAUUGCAGAUGAUAAUUAUCUGCUCAUUUAGUGCUGUAAUGUACUUUCUUGAUCAAUGUCUUGAAUUUUUUUAUCAUAUUGCAUUGAGCCCAUUUAUUAAAUUGCUACUAUCUGAACUGGUCAGCAAAAUUAAAUUGCUAUGAAACCCACUUAAGUUCUUCUUCAGAAGUCAUUUUCUGACUCAAAUUUUAUUUUUAUUUGUAAUGUUAAGUUUAGUUUGACCUUUUUAAAAAAUUUAGUUUUCUGGUUCUUUCCACAUCAAAGUUAUCAACUUUUCUAAAAUUUAAAAAGUUCACUUUUGUUUGUUUUAAUUUACUUUUUAUUUUUACACUGUUUAAGUUAACUUUUCUUUUUCUGAAGCUACCUUGUUUAACGCCUUCUUCAUCAGGUGAUUUUGACAAAAAAUAAAAAAGAGGAGCGGGGGUACAAAGAAGUGGUUCUCAUAACUUAUUUUGAUCAGUUUUUGAUGACCGAUUUCAACUUUCAUUUCUAGAAAAGAUAGCUCCUCUAGUGCUAGCCUCUCCAGUGAUUUUUCAUGCAUAUUUAAAGAACUUGGGGGGGGGGGGGGGGCGAGCUUCCUCACAGUUUCUAAAAAUUUCACUUUCCUCAGAAAAUUUUACUUGAGUCUGCUAUCACCCCUAACUUCUGAGCAGCAGCGCACAUAUGAAUUGAGGUAAUUAUCCUUGUAAUAAAUGCUUACAUUGAUAAAUGCAAUUUAGUGCAAAUUUGUGAUGAAGAUUCUAUGCAGGUGUGUCAACACUGCAAGGGGCCCUCAUCCCACAAUCUGUAGUGCAUGUAAAAGGAGCAUUUACUUUUGGUUUUUUUUUUUUUUUUUUUUCCUUUUUUUGUACACCACCUUUGCAAUUUCAAACCAUACAAAUGCAACUUUCAUUGUAAAUUCAGGCCAAAUUUAUUUUUUGGAUUCAUUAAUGUACUAAGUGUUUUGCUUUUUCUGUUUAAAUUCAACUCUCUGUUUUGUGUGAAUACUGUAGUUAAAGACAUUCUUAUCAGCAGUGCAGAUAGUUUUUUUUUUUUUUAACUCAUUCUCAAAAAAAGAAACAUAUUACAGUAAAGACUGUAUCAAUAAUGUAGGGGGGGGGAAGCAUUUUAAAACUGAAGGAAAUUUUGAAUUGUAAUCUCUUAAAAGUUGAAAAAGUUGUCUAUGGCUGCACUAAAAGUGCCCUGAUAUGAUUGUGAAUGUUUCUUCUAAAUUGUGAGGGGAGGGAGAGAGGAAAAUGAAGUCAUGUUUUUUUUUUUUUACAGCAAUAAUAUGUUAUUAUAAUUAUUGUUCAUGUAUCUAAGAUAUUUAUAAAUAAUUGAAGGAGAAAUAAUUGUAAAAAAUAUUAAGAACAAGCUUCUAAAUUUAUUUUCUUUGUAAUUUUUAUUUUAGUAUUCUCUUCCUUGUCCCCUGAAAAAUUUAAGUGGGUUUCGAAGUAUUAGCUUUCGAUUUUUAUUUAGAGUGAAUAUUUUAUAUUUAGUUUUAGCAUCAUUUUUGCUCUUAUAAAUAAUAGAUAAAGUUUUCUUUUCUAGACAUUUUUGGCAAUUCUCAUAUUAUGAAUUGAUUUUUUAAACUUUAUAUGCUUUGAUUAAGAUCAAUAAAUCAUGCAUGAAAUUAUAAAUUAGCUUAUUGAAGAAUACUCUUGAACAUUAUUUUUAACAGUUAAUUAUUAAAAUUUUUAAAAUCUUUUCGUAUCUCAAUAUUAUUUAAAUUUUUCGAUUGCACUCUCACCAUUAGUUACCUUUAUAAAGUAAUUGGUUGUGUUUAUAUAAUGUGAUAAUCUUUGCCAAAGAAUUAACAUGUACUUUGAUUUUUGUGAAUUUUGCAUAUGAAAUAGGUUUUAUUAACAUAAUUCAGCAGAGCAUUGAUUAUCCGAAACAAUCAGAGACUGGGAUUGCUCAGAUGAAUAAUUAUUUUUUAAAAGCAGUUGUACAUGUGUACAAAAAAAAAAAAAGAUGUAUAACACAAAACCAUUUUGUUUCAUAAUCCUAACAAAUAACACACAAAAGUGACAACCUUAGUUGGACAAUUUUCAAACAUUGCCAUUAAAUUAAGCUUACAGUCACAAAGUCAGAAAUGUUCACUGGUGGAACAGAAGUAUUGUAUUACUUGCAAAUUUUAAUAUUCCUAAUGGAACCACUUUAACUAAUGGGUGUUUCAGUUGUUUGAUGUUCAGAUAAUGGAUGCUCAACUGUAGUUUCAAUAUAUGUAGAUUGUUCAUUUAAAAUCAAACUUUCACCUUUGAAAUGGCUAAGGUUUUCAUUCCAACCGUGAUGAUCUGUGUGCAUUAAAUAUAAGUAUCAUUUUGCUGCUUGGUACUGGAACAACUGAGUUUGCGAUGGUCUUGAUAUAAAGUGUCUCAUAUCUUUUGAUUUUUCCCCCUUUUUUGUAUUUCUCAAUGUUUUGACUGCGCUAUGUGUGGUGACUUGCUAGAGACUGAAGUGCACAAUUGAGUGAUUAAUUUAUGUAAAUAUAUUAUUAAAAAAGAGCAUUUUAUGAAGGCUGAAGUGAAAUGAAAUUUAUGGUGAAGACUUUCCAAAGACUCCAGCCUUCAAUUUGUCUGCAAAGAACUUUAUAAAAUUGUCUGACAGGUGAGAACAUUUUGCUGCAGAGAAAAAUAUUAAAAGAAUUGUACAGAAAUGUUUUUCUUUAAAAAUGUGAAAAGCCUUUCCUAUAUGCUUGAAAUGGCUGAUAGCCUUUGUUGAUAAUUGAAUAAAGCACGAUUUUGCUAUUGAAA